AUGAACCUGAAGAAGUACCUGGUGCGGGCGCUGCACCGCCUGCAGAAGGGCCCUGGUUACACCUACAAGGAGCUGCUGGUCUGGUACUGCGACAACACCAACACCCACGGCCCCAAGCGCAUCAUCAAGGAGGGGCCAAAGAAGAAAUUAAUCUGGUUCUUCCUAACGUUGCUCUUUGCAUCCCUGGUGUUCUGGCAGUGGGGGAUCCUCAUCAACACCUACCUCUCCUACAACGUCACCUCGUCUCUCUCCAUUGGCUUUAAGACCAUGAAGUUCCCUGCAGUCACCAUCUGCAACGCCAACCCUUUCAAGUACUCAGAGGUGAAGCCCCUGCUGAAGGAGCUGGACAGGCUCAUUGAGGCGGCGCUGGAGAGGAUCCUGCAGCCAGGGAACGGCAGCGAGAACGUGUCCCCACCGCUCGACCUGGAGCUCUGGAACCAGAUCCCCCUGGUCCUCAUCGACGAGCACGACAAAGACAAUCCUGUCAUCCUGGACAUCUUUGAGACCAACCAGACUGCUGUGGGCAACAGAACUGCCUUGGACGCCGAAACCAGUGUGAGCAGUGACACUGCUGGGGGCAGCGAAGCCUUGGGCAAUGAAACCACUGCGGGGAACCAAACCACUGCUCCACCUGCCCCAUCCAACACCACGUCCGAAGAGAAGAAGUACAAGCUGGCAGUGAAGCUGUGCAGCCAGCAGGGCUCUGACAACUGCACCUACAGGAACUUCAGCAGCGCGGCGCAGGCGGUGAGCGAGUGGUACAUCCUGCAGUCCACCUCCAUCCUCUCCAAGGUGCCGCUGCACCAGAGGAUCAGGAUGGGCUACCAGGCAGAGGACAUGAUCCUGGCGUGUCUCUACGGGGCUGAACCCUGCAACUACAAGAAUUUCACCCAAAUCUACCACCCAGACCAUGGCAACUGCUACAUCUUUAACUGGGGCAUGGAUGAAGAGGCUCUGAACUCUUCCAACCCUGGGGCUGAAUUUGGGCUGAAGCUGAUUCUGGACAUCAGCCAGCAGGACUACAUUCCCUACCUGUCCUCUGCCGCUGGGGCCCGGCUCAUGCUGCACCAACAGAAGAGCUUCCCCUUCCUCAAGGAUCAGGGCAUCUACGCCAUGGCUGGGACAGAAACCUCCAUUGGAGUGCUGGUGGAUGAGCUGGAGCGGAUGGGUUAUCCCUACAGCGACUGCACCAUGAACGGCUCCGACGUCCCUGUCAAAAACCUCUACAGCCAGUACAACACCUCCUACUCCAUACAGGCCUGCCUGCGCUCCUGUUUCCAAAACCACAUGGUGGAGAUCUGUGGAUGUGGGCACUAUAUGUUCCCUUUGCCUGAAGGGGUGAAUUACUGCAAUAACGAGGACAGCCCAGGCUGGGCAUAUUGCUAUUCCUCACUGAGAUCCAGCAUAAAACAGCGCCAGAUCUGCAUUGACUCCUGUAAAGAAACAUGCAAUGACACGCAGUACAAAAUGACCAUCUCCAUGGCAGACUGGCCAUCAGAGGCCUCUGAGGACUGGAUUUUCCAUAUUCUGUCUUAUGAAAGGGAUAUGUCAACAAAUGUGACUCUGGACAGGAACGGGAUCAUCAAGCUGAACAUUUACUUCCAGGAGUACAACUACCGCACCAUCUCGGAGUCAGCUGCCACGACGAUCGUUUGGCUGCUGUCGAGCCUGGGAGGCCAGUUUGGGUUCUGGAUGGGGGGCUCGGUGCUGUGCCUCAUUGAGUUUGGGGAGAUCAUCAUCGACUCGCUGUGGAUCACCAUCAUCAACCUCAUCGGCUGGUGCAAAGGCCUGAGGCAGAGGCGGGCGCGGUCCCCCGACGCGCCCCCGACGGUGUCGGAGCUGGUGGAGGCUCACACCAACCUGGGCUUCCAGCCCGAGCCCACGGGGGCUGUGGCCAGGGCCGAGGCGCUGCCCCCCGAGCCCGGCACGCCCCCGCCCAACUACGACUCCCUGCGAGUGCAGCCCCUGGACACCCUCGGCCCCGACAGCGACGCCGACACCGAGUGA